AUGCAUGAGGUGAGAACCAUAGACUUUGAUUUGCCUUUAGAAAUGCUUUCAACAUUACCAAUCCUACUUUGCAGGAUGCAUGUCACAUGUGGACCUUGUAACAAUUGAGCUCACAGCAAAGUCUCUGUGACUCAGUAGUAGAUCAUCAAAGUGGUGAAUCUGAAGGUCUGAGAUUCUAUUCCUCACAAGGAUUCUAAAUUUUUUUUUAGUUCCAUGCUUAUGACUUUCACUAAUUGACUUUGAUGUUUGUUUUAACAGUUCAAAGUUUAAUUUCCAUGGGUUUUGCAUGAUUAUACAAAUAAUGAUUUUUGCCCUGUGGUUUCCUGUUGAAAUCUUUACUGCUGUUUUUUUUCCUUAAUGUGUGUUAUGGAUCAAAAUUUACUUGAAGUUUAAGUGAUAUCAAACUUCUGUAGGUUGAUGGGAAUUCUGACAAGACCAAAAAAAAAAUUUUCAUUUUUCACUAAUGGAUUUUGAUACAUAUUGAAACAGUUCAAAGCCAAUUUCCCAUGGGUUUUGAGUGAUUAUACAAAUAGUGAUUUUUGCCCUGUCUCAACAUGUGUUGUGGAUUGAAAUUUACUAAAAGUUCAAGAGGCGUCAAACUUCCAUAGGUUGAAGAGAGUUCUGAUAAUAUCUCUGAAACAAAGACUUUGUGAAUAUCAAGUUGAUGUACAGUUUAAACCACAGCUUCUGCAAUCAAUUAUUUCUAAAUAGCAAAGGUUUGACAACUUGCAGUAAUAGUAUUUGAUUGUGUUGUCUGAUUGUCCGGGUUAGAGUAGGCCUGGAAAGGACUGCUGUCGGCAGUAAAGACUGAUGAUUUGACAACCUUGGUGGAAGUCACCUCUUGUGUCAAAUGAUUAUGACUUUAUGACUUCCACUUGUUAUGGAUAGUGACUGUAGAAAUAAGUAUCUUGACAUUUUCUGCUAAGAAUGUUUUGUCAUGCUGGGAAGCAUUCCAUGGAACAUAACAGAACAUUUCAUUAGGUCAUGUAGUCAUGAUGUAAUACCUGUCCACCGAAAUAGUUGUGUUGUAAGUUUCCGGAAUGUUCUAGAAUACUUUAUAAAUGUCUAUAAGGACUCAGUCCUGUAGUAGAAGUUGUUGUUGUUGAAAGUGAAUGACUGCUUGGAAAGCUAUACACAGAGAGAGAGUGCUACUGUGAAGAUUGUUUAACUCAAGGAUACAUAAUCUCACAUACAUAAUCUCACUGUAGCUCCAAAGCAUUAAUACAGUAAAUCUCAGGGUUUUUUAAUACCUUUUUGAUGAGAAACAAAUUCUUUGCUCAAGAAAAUGCACUGAUAUAUCCAUGCAUUAGAUUUGGUUGUUUGGUAUUCAUCCUUAUUUUCUAACCAGGUGCGAGGUAAGGACAAUGUAGGAGCCACUAUGGAUUCCAUGGAUCUGGAACGACAGCGAGGAAUAACCAUACAGGUUGGUAUUAAGUAACAAUACUAUGAUUUAUUUAAUAAACCACAGUUCAAAUGUAUGUCAUUCAUAUAAUCACAGUCAUAUAUUGAUCACUAAAUGGAUUUAUUACAAACCAACAAAAUGACCAACUCCCAGUUGGCUUGUUAUAGCCUUGUAGCUCAGUUGAUAGAGCAUUGCACUGGUAUUCCAGAGGUCAUGGGUUAAAAUGUAAAGGCCUGAAUUUUUUACAGGUGUUGUUUUCAGUGCUGCUUUAUUAUUGUGAAUUCAAAUAUAUGAUAUUCAUACACAUGUAACCACAGUUGAAUUUCAGCCUGGCUAGAGAGAUCCUUUUUCAAUCUUUUUAGAACUCCCAAGAAAGUAGAAUUCAAGGUCAUUUAAUUUGCUGUAGUAAAUAGAGAAACAAAAAUCUCAGGAAUAUACAGUUCGGAGAUUAUAUACAUGGUUGCCAUAGCAACAUUGCUACAUCUUUUUUAGUGUGUUCACAAGGCAUAGUGAAGAUGUUAUGUCUUAAAUACAGUAGAAAUUCUGGUGUUUCAAUAUUAUCUGCAUAAUGAAAUAAUAUUCUUUGUAUAUUUCAAGAAGAUACAACUGUAUAUAUGUAUGUUGUUUUAAUCUGCAGCAACAUAUGUCGAUUGGAAAGAUACAAACAUUAACAUUAUUGACACGCCAGGUGAGUCUAUCAACCAUUUAUUCCCUAACAUCAAGAUGUAUAUUCUCCUUACAGUUCUUUAUGCAUUUCUGAAGGUACUUUUCUGAACUUGUCACAGCUUUGUUACAGAGUAUCCUACUGUAAUCAUAAAGGAUUUACAGUUUGAAUUGUCAUCAAAAACUGAUGAACACAUAGUUAUGAUGUUUAUGUGUGCGAAAAGUAAAAGCUCUUGUCAGCAACAUACAUGUACACCUGCGGUGAGGUGGAAAUUUUAAUGAGUCCAUCUUCAAAGGUUCAAAUGUGAGAGGGAUUGCCAGUUAGGGGGAGAGGGGUUUUGAAGCUUGGACUUAUGUGAUGCUGAAAAACCAAAUUAUGAGAUGAAAGGGAAAAUUUCUCAUUGAUUUUUCAAGGGGUUUUUUUUUAUUGUGGCGAAAUAACAAUACUACAUUACCUUGCAUUACUAUGUUAAAAAAAGGAAAGAAAAAAUUAAAAAAAAAAGGUUAAACAGUUUUUUUUUUAGUUUUAACUUAGGACAGCAAGGUGUAAGUAAUUUAUUUAGCACUGUCAGUAUCUUUAGGUAGUGUAGUAUUUCGAUUUUGAAUGGAAAAAAGUGCCUUCCCUUCUUCGAGCAGGUUUCCUAAAAUUGUUAAGUGUGCAAUUGUAGUCUGAUCAUUUAUGCCUUAUGGCACUUAUUUCUAAUUUGAAUUUGUGUUGGAAAAAUGACUACAGUCCAAGCACUGUGCUACUAUUAAAAAUAGUUUUGGAUAAUUGGUUAUCAAUGCAAAUUUUUACAUCAACACCUAAAUUCCUUCAGAGAGGAGAUCAUAUCUGGCCAAAAUUUGAAAAACAAGUGAAGCCCUUGGGUUUUCUGAAAAAAUCCCUGAGAAUGAUUGAAAUGAUAAGGUCUACAGAAUAGGUGAUUGGGGAAAGAAUGUGGAAAUUUUUUUUGUUAUAAAAGAGUUAAAAUUCUGGUCCUAAAGAAGGAACAUGGUAAAAAUUUAUAUAAAUAUAACAAAUGAGAAACAGAACAAAAUGUUUGCAAAAAAUGACCUGAACAGUGUAGCAUUAAACAUGUCAACUGUGAGGCCACAAUUGAAUUCCUAUGACUAUGGAUUGGAUUGACACUGAAAUUUUCAAGAGUUGACAAGAACAAUGAAAAGAUCAUCCACUACAUUUGAGAAGAUGUUUGUUACAUUUUCAUCUGUUUUUUUUUUUUUUAACUAUUAAAUUUAUAUACUAAUUUUUUUAUAUUUGAAAUGACUUGGGGAGGUGAAAAAAUUGGUUGUUUUUAUAGCUUAUUUUUAUUCCACAAUGUAUAUCAAAGGAACUUCCUAUUAGAAAAAGUGAAAAAUUAUUUUCCCUAGAGCAAAGUUACAACACAUUUCAGCCUUCACCCAGUUGUCAAUUGGUUUGGAAUCUGAGGUAAAAGGAGUCAUUGACCUUGUGUGAUGGAAGGCUUAUUACUUUGAGGGAAAUCAUGAGUAAGGUUAUUCAUUCUCAUGACUUAUUUUAUUUUUAUUUAACUGUUUAGCCAAUCACAAGGCUAGAAAUUCAAUAAAAAAUCUAAAAAUCUCCCAAAAAAUUAAAAUGAAGUAUCUUAAUUGGCUCUUUCAUUUUUAUACAACUAUUGCUGAUUUAAAUUAUUACCUAACAGGUCCAAAGUAGUAAAGGGUGUCAUCCCAGAAGACAUGAUCAAUGAGUGUACAUCAAGAAGACAGGAGCUGAUAGGUACAUGUACAAUCUGAGUAUUCUUUUUUUUUUUCAAAUCAGAGCUCUUUUUGUUUGAGUUAUGAUAAUGGCCAAUCAGAACAAAGUAAAAUAUCACAGGGAGCCAAUGGGAACUCAACAUGAAAUGAAGUAAAAUUAAGUGUCCGAAAAUGCCAGUCAUCAAGUCCUGGUUAUUUGAAGUUUUGAACUUGAUUGGAUCAGAGCUCAAGAGAAAGGGGAAAAUUUUUAUGGGCAAAUCUCCCAUCAAAUAUCAUUACGACAUCAGGCAAACAAGAGAUGAGAAUAAAGAAAAAUAUCAAUUUGGAGAUUAUUAGUUGAUUCAAUACAGAGUUCUCAAGUCUUAAGAAUUGUCCAUCAUAAGAAUUGUAUGGCAAACAGUAACAAGAAUUACUUAUUAGAUUUUGGCAGUCAGAGUGUUAAAGUGUUUAACACUUUAACUCCCAGAUCAAAUUUGUAAUUCUCCUUACUGUCAGCUAUACAAUUCUUAUAAUGUUAGUUCAGAAAAUUUAGUAUUGGAUCAACUAAUUAUCCCCAAAUUGAUAUUUUCCUUUAUUCUCAUCACUAUCUGCUUGAUAUUGUAUUACAAUUGUAAGGAGAAAUUCUGUCUUGGUCACUCAUGGGAGUGAAAGGGUUAAGUGAGAACUUCUCCAAUGAUUUAAGUAGGUUUUCACAGUCCCAUCUGUGGAUUCCAUCAGUUACCUGUGAGAGACUAUGGUAGAGAGUAUGGUACAGAUUUAUGAUUUUGUCAUAUUGAAACACAAAUUUUUUUAACAGAUCAAUACAUUUUAAUAUAUUUCUUCUAAAACUGUAUCAACAAAUGCCAAUUCAUUUUUCAACAAGUUGUUACUACUAUUUUUUACUUAUGUAGUAUUAGGUAGCCAGAGAAACACUACAGUCCCCUUUUUUUUACUAGAAGUUCAAUGACAGUGUAAUGCAUAUGCAUACCAUAGUUUUAGUACAUUGUUGGGCUCAGGGCUCUCAUUGAUAACAGACAGCUUUUUGCAUCUGAAGGGGCUAUCCUGAGCGGUAUAAAUCAAGAAAGGUUCUUCUUCUUCUUCUUACAAAGAGUUUGCACCAAUUUGCAUGAUGCUAUUUUUACCUUCUGUUCAGUGCUGUUAGAAACUGUGGAUAAUGUGGAUGACACUCUUGCGGAGAUGUUUCUGGAAGAAAUACCACCUACAGAGGAACAAUUAAUUGUAAGUAUUGUGAAAAUAGUAGGGCUGAUCUGUGGAUGGAUUGAUUGAGCUGUAUAUUCGACAGAUUUCUUCUCUUUUUACGUUACGCUGAAUUAUAUACGCAUUUUGAGUGGUUCAUGCCCAUGAUAUAUAGGAGAACAGACGCAUAGAUUAAAUCACCGUCAACGACAUUUUGCUUUUUUAUCACAUAACCCAAAUACUGUUGAUUCUAACAAGACCAUUUGUUAUUAUCAACUGAGUUGAUAACGUAAAAUUGGCCGCUGUUAAUAGUUUCAAAGCUGACGUUUCGAGCGUUAGUCCUUCGUCUGAGCGAAUGACGAGGGGUUAACGCUCGAAACUUUGAAACUCUGACCGGUAGCCAAUUUUACGUUAUCAACUUUUGUCAGCUUUAAACUCUUGACGGUGGCCAAUUCGCGUUAUCAACCAUUAUCAACAGUUGAUAAUACCGAAUUACCUUGUUAUACUCUCCCACCGACGCAACACCACAGUUUCUUUCGAAACUUACGCUUACUAGCUUACCGGCUGGAUAAACAGCUGUGAACAGAAUGAAUUUAAGCACAAGCUUUAUUUCUUUGAACUUCGUUUUGUAGAAUCCGACAUAAACGCCUUGAUGAAGAUGGCUUUGCGCAACAUGGCUUUCCUUCCUUUCGGAUUCUUGAUCAACCAAUGGAGAUGGAAAGUUUUUAGCGGUAAGAUCACUGAUGAGAGUUGCAAUACCGCGUGGUGACAACUGAGGACUAAGUACCAGAGAAUAGAACCUGCUGUGGAAAGGACAGAAAAUUACUUUGAUCCCGGAUGCAAAUAUCACAUUCCAGCUAAUACACCAUACAUCAGGUGGGUAAUGUACCCAGUGGGAAAGGAGUUUAUUCUGUUCCCUUUCACAGUCGACUGCCGUGAGAAGGGAGGGAAGGCCGGAAGGGGGUUGGGGUCAGGAAGCCAAUCUCCACCAAACAUCUUUGCAUGCAUAUUUGCAUGCAGUUGUUUGGAAAACGUCAAAUAACAUAUGAGUAUAAACCACACCGGUGAAUUGUGCUUUUCACGCGCGCUUAUUGGCAUGUUUGGAAGUGAAUAGUAAUUAUUAUUCACCUCCGAGCUGCUGAGACAAAAUUUCGCGUCAAGAGUAAAUUUCUGAGCAUUUUCCGGUAUAUUGAAAGAAGUAAACUAAUUUUCUUGUAUCUGUGUGAUAUAUGCUAAUACAAAUAUUCAUCCAAGUGUCGUUGAAAAGGAUAUAUAUUUUUCUCGCUGCUUCGCGGCUCGGUAAAUAUCCACCACUAUUCACCUCCACUUCGGCGAAUAAGUGUUAACAAUUUCGCUAUGUGCGAUCCUGAUGAAAUGAUUUAUGAAAUGAUUUCGAGACCGUAUAUUUUAGUUUAACUGAUUAUAUUUUCCGUACCAAAACGUGAGGGGAGGAGAGAAGGGCUUAAGCCUCUCUUCUGUGUCGCCUUUGUUACUUGAACCCUCGCUAACUCUAAUCAAAAUCGAUUUCCCUCAGACUGGCGUCAUUCAUUUAUUGUAAUGUUAACCGCGGAACUCAAACCUUUAAUAACUCGAACUCCCCCUAAUUCGAAGGAAUUCUCGUUUUCCCUCAGGUUGGUAAGUUUUUAAAAAGAGUUGCUCUUCAUAGCUCGAACCAUGUCAUCACCGGAGCCUUGUUUUUGCGCGAUGGAAAUUUUGAGCUCAUAAAUUGCAUGGUUUUUUAUUAGACAAUUAUUUAAUUUCUAAUUAUUUAAUUAGACAGUUUGAGGGAAUUGAUAAACAACAACGAGGAAAGAAUGAACUAAAAGGGAAACAAGGGUAACUGAGAAUAAAUUGUUUCCUUUUCCAGGCGUUCAAUUAGUGAAACGUUGCCUGAUAGUAAACGGCGCAGAAGAAGCAGCAGACUGAGAAAAGGAGAGAGGUAUGGGUCUGGUAUUACACCAAUCUCCUUCAUUAAAUAAUCGCACCUCGUUUUUCUGAAGAGAGACUUUAGCCCAAGAAACUGUGUUGGGUAGGGUGUUUUUCCGAUGGAUGUGUCACCAACCAAAUUUAAUUCCUUUUUUUAUUUUUAUUGCUCAGGUACUUUAUAAGCUACGUGUUACAAUUCCAGUUCCACAAGGCCGCUUGUGAGGCAGCCGGACAUACGGGACCUUUGCAUACCUGCUCCAUCUACGAGUCUAAAGAAGCGGGAAAGAAGAUCGG